AAGAAAACAAAAAAACAAAAAUAGACUCAAUUCGUGUCGUAGGCUGAUUGCAGAUCGCGUGAAAUCACGAAGAGGCCAACUGACAUGAAAAUCAUGCCUCAAACUCAUGUGCAAGAUGGAAAAUGGUCGUGGAUUGUUUGCAUAUCUGCGACACUCUCUUGGCUGGCUGCUAUGGGAUUUGUGUUCAGCUUUGGAAUUUUCUUUCCUGUAUUUAUAGACUAUUUCCAAGAGAGCAGAGAAAAGACGGCUUGGGUAGGUUCUCUGGCCAUUGCUCUCAUCUUUUUCAGUGGGCAUGCGUCCGGUGUUCUCGUGAGUCGAUUCGGCUGCCGUUUCACUACCUUAUUUGGAGGGUUCUUGUGCACACUUAGCCUGGGCCUCUCCUCCCUGGCAACAAACAUUGACGUGCUCUUUCUCACCUAUAGUGUGCUCUAUGGCGUGGGCACAAGUUGCGUGUUCUCUGCAAGCCUCAACAUCAUCAGCAGGUACUUCAACAAGUGGCGGUCAAUGGCCACUGGGAUUGUAAUGUGUGGUCAAGGAGGAGGGGUCCUUAUUCUAGGUCCCCUUUUGCAGACCAUGAUAGACAGCUUUGGCUGGCAGAACACCUACAAAAUAAUGGCCGGCGUGGUUCCAGUAUUGUGCCUGUCUGGUCUGACUUACAGCCCCAAUGUGCAGAUACCUGAUAUCGACAAUAAUGUGGUUGAAGAAGACGCUAAAAUAACCAGUGAAGGGGAAAACCAAAACGAAGGACAAAACGGGGUGGAGUUAGAAGACACUCAGGACCAAAAGAUGAAGUCGGGAUGGCGUGUGUACAUAGCAGUGUGGAAGGAACCGAAAUUUGCGGUGACAGUGAUAUCAGCGUCGGUCAUGAUGUUUACUCAUUAUGUACCACAGAUUCAUUUGGUGAAAUAUUGCGAGGAAAUUGGAAUAGAAGCUGGUGCAGCCUCCAGACUCUUUGUCUACUAUGGAAUUGCUUCAUGCGUGGGGAGACUGGUGUCGGGUCGACUGUGUGACUUCGAAAAGGUAAACACAUUCUAUGUCUACCAGACGGCCGAGCUCGUCACCGGGGCAUCAAUUAUAAUCGUCACCAUGGCAACAUCUUAUGGUCACGUGGUCGUGUUUAUUGUGAUAUAUGGAUUCUGUGACGGGGCCUUUAUUACAACACUCAACGUCCUUCUUCUGACGUGCGUGAGCCCACCAAAAAUACCUGUUGCCAUAAGCUGGGAGAUGCAAAUCAGCUCAUUCUUCUUGGUCAGUGGACCGCCGAUUGCAGGUCUUAUGGCUGACUCCAUGAAUUCUUACACGCAUGCCUUUUACAUGUCUGGCGCUGUGGUAAUCGCUGGCGCAUGUAUUCCUUUCCUGUUACUUUUUAUCAAGAAGAAAGGUCCUGUAAAACAUGAAACUGUUGAGCUUCUAGACACUCGAGCGGACACCGGUACCGAGCCUGCUUCCACAAAUUCUGUUUAGAUUACCUUUCCUACAGGUUUUCUAGUAGCCUGCGAACAGGCUUCUAGAGCAUUUCUUUGCCCGCGGAAAAGUAUGAUGCCUCGAGAAACGUUAGACAGGAUGCUACAAGAUAGUCUUUGGAAUAAAUAGACUCUCAUUUUCAAAUUUUUGCUGAGUUUACAAAGAACUCUGGGACUAGAGCCGACCACAACUAUUGUUGGGAAUAUUAGUUACGAGUUGAGUCAUGAAUUAAAUUUCCUAGCAAAUUAGUUAUGUCACCAAAUUGUAAAUGAUUGCAUUAGAGAGUGGCAUAUAUAAUCAUAAAUUGUAAACACCUCCGUAGUUGAUUUACUGUAGAAGGGAUGUUGUGAUUGCACGCCUUUAUUCCGCCUAAUAAGGAAGGGGAAACGUCCUGAUUGGUAAUAAGAAUUAAAUAUAGACAUAUCACAAUAGUUUGGCUUGGGAUUUUAUUAUACUCGUGACUGAAGGAAAAAUUCCAACCCUGGGAUUUUACUGUACUCGUGAUUGUAGGAAAAAUACUAACUAGUAGUUACUUAAGGCGAACUAUGAAUACCGUAGUAGAUCGGUAAUCCUAGCGCCUCAUUGCGCAUGUGUCGAUUAAAACCGGAAUUCUUAAUGAAUUACACACUUUGUCCGUGUUGAAGUCGUAAUGAAUCAUUGUUAAACAAAUUUUUCUGUAGCACCAUGUACGACGAAAAUUAAGACAACUUCUUCUUCUUUCUUACUUGCACAGAAAAAAAAAACAAUGCAAAAAAAGUCAAAAGUUUUUCCAUCACGACAAGAGAGGUUGUUUCUUGAGGUGGUUUGGGAAGAAAGAUUAAGGGGAAAGUUAGCUUGUUCUGCAGAAGAAAAGGAAUCGAAUUACAUGUGACUUUAGGAGCCUUGACGUUCAUCAUGUUCAGUGGCACAAUUAAUUCUUUCCCAGUCGAACACUGUAAUUUUCGCUCUCUAGUAUUGUCGUAUUGCGCCGUUUGAAUUAAACAAAAUCUCUUCAACACAACAUUCAUCAGUCCUCGAAAAACCACGCGGGAAACUCCUCUUUUCAUAUCUAAAAGUGGAUAAAAAGGAGGAAACUGGUCCUCAGAACUUAUCUAUGCUCUUAGUUCUUUUGCAUUGAAGAGAGAAACAGUCUCGUAUGUUAACUAACAAAUCAGGUGGAUUGUUAAAGAAAAUCCUCUCGACAAAAUUAACUGA